AUGCGCUUGGCGUCUCUUUUCCGAACAAACAGGAUGUCUCAUCUACAAGAACUCUUCAACAGGGCGGUGCACCCACUGCCUGCGAUCAAAGACAAAGCUUUCGCGUCCCACUUCGAUGCCUUUGCGGGUAAACAAGUGAUUCUUCUGGGUGAUGGUAGUCACGGAACAUCUGAAUUCUAUUCCGCACGCGCAGAGAUUACGAAGCGACUCAUCGAGCGACAUGGAUAUACCAUGGUCGCUGUUGAGGCAGAUUGGCCGGAUGCAGAGGCCAUUGACCGAUACGUGCGCUUGCGACCAGGCCCCAAGGCACAGAUUGGAGGAACCGCGAAAGGAUACGAGCCCUUCAAGCGAUUUCCUACCUGGAUGUGGAGAAAUGCCGAAAUGCAACAGCUAGUUGAGUGGAUGCGGGAUCGAAACCAACAGCUCCCACUAGAGCAAAGAGCCGGGUUCUAUGGACUGGAUCUAUACAGCAUGGGCGCUUCGAUCCGUGCUGUGAUCGACUACCUGGAUCGUGUAGACCCACAGGCAGGCAAGCAGGCGCGCCAGCGGUAUGGAUGCCUGGAGCCCUGGGUGGAUGAUCCCACAUCAUAUGGGCUGGCAUCUCUCCGCGGCAUGGAAGAUUGCGAACGCCCAGUAAUAAAGAUGCUCGGAGAUCUCUUGGAGCGACGGCUCGAGUAUGCAGAACGCAACUUGCAAGAUGGCGAGGAUAUCCACAGUAGCGAGCAAAAUGCCCACUUGGUUCGUGAUGCUGAGAAGUAUUACAAAGCCAUGUACUACAGCUCAGCAAGUUCAUGGAAUCUGCGCGACAUGCACAUGUUUGAAACUUUGGAACGCAUGUUGAAGCACAAGGAGGGACAGAAAGCCAUCGUGUGGGCACACAAUUCUCACGUCGGAGAUGCUCGCUAUACGAGCAUGGGCUAUCGCCGCAAGGAACUCAACAUCGGUCAACUAUGUCGUGAGCGACUAGGCCGCGAGAAUGUGACGAUUCUCGGUUGUGGAACUCACACUGGCACUGUCGCAGCUGCCCACGAGUGGGACGAUGACAUGGAGGUCAUGUCCGUUCGUCCAUCCAGAGAUGAUAGUUGGGAAAUUGUCGCUCAUAACACUGGAGUGCCAAGUUUCAUUCUUGACUUGCGCAAAGAACAUAUAGAUCCCACUCUACGCUCUGCUCUCGCUGAUGAACAACGGCUCCAGCGCUUCAUUGGUGUUAUCUACCGGCCUGAUACCGAGCGCGCUUCUCAUUACUCACAAGCAUUCAUUCACAAGCAAUUUGAUGGUUAUAUUUGGUUUGAUAAGACUCAGGCUGUCAAACCCUUGGAAGUCAUUCAGCCCGACACUCCACUUGGACAGGGCGAGACCUAUCCUUUUGGGCUCUGA